CCUUCUAAUACUUAAUUUCCAUAAUGAAGAUCCAUGAAUAAUGAUACGUUCGCAAAACAAAGAAAAUAUGCAUAUGCAUUGACGAAGACAUCAUGCGAUUUGGUUUUUCCACCCUGCCUUACAAUUUCAGGAAUUGAACGCGUGAUGAAGACGCGACGUAAGUCCUGCCAUCUCGAAGUAUCCGCAGGACUUUUGACAUCAACAACUACUGUGGCACGAGUAGUGCUCAGUGUAUGACACAGCGCGUCGAACAUCUGUGUGCUGGUGGGUCUGCUUGACUCGGUGCGUGUCGAGGACCGAAUGGUCAAAGACUGAGUGCCUGCAAGACUGAUUAGAACAUUGCUCGAAUCCUUUCUGGAGCCACGACGACCACAGUAAGCAUGCAUCAGAUCGCCUCACGUAUUUUCCCGGAGCCAUGCUGUUCCAACUUAAUAGCGUACUGCCCGACCAUGGACCUUGUGGCAACAGUGACGGCGAAGAGCGAACAGGUUGAUGUGUCGAGGUUGAACGGGCAGAAAGUGUUUGGUGCUGCAUUUGAGGACGAUGAUGACAACGAGGAUGCCGAAGGUGAAGACUCGAAUAACCGCGACGGGAACGAAGCUGAAAAUGGGUUUGUGCGAGCUCUGACGUGGAGGAGAGAUGGUCAAAUCCUCGCAGUAGCCUGCGCGGACGGCGCAGUAUCCUUAAUCAACGCGUUUACAGGCAAGAUUGCACAUCGAUUAUCUACGCAGCCACCUCCCCAGGCGAGUGCGAGCGGCAGUUUUACUUCAUCUCAAACGCGAUCACAGCCUGGAAUACGCGGCAGCAGCUUCAAAUCCACCCCUACAUCCUCGCCCGAAACUCGCUCGUUCAGACCGUCCUGUCUUUGCUGGACCACUCAUUUUGCACCGCCUACUUCAUUGCUGAUGCGAGCUCGCCUUGACCAGCCGGACUCGCAGAUCACGCUCGACCAUAUCCUCGGCCACCGAGCUGAUGUGGACAAGUUGCUGACAUUGAAGGCUGAUUUGCCGCGAGAGCUGAGUGCGUUGGAUGUUGAGACGUCGUUGCCAAAGCUCGCCACAUUGCCACCGCGCGGGGUUGGCGCAGAUGACGACGUUUUCAGCUCGCGAACUAGUGUGGAUGCCGUAUUUCAUGGACAUGGGGCGACAGGAGCUGGAGCGGCGGGAGUUGUGGACGGAGUUGAUGCGCUCUUGGUCGGGCUGCAGGGUGAUAACAGCGACGGGUGCGUGGUGCAUCUGAGAAUCUUCAACUCCUUCGAAAUUGGCACCGUCGAUGUAGGUGGUUGCCUGCCGUCUGGCUCUAAAGGUGGGAAGGUGCUCAGAAUGGAAAGUCAUGCAUACCUGUCGACUGUCUUUCUCGUGGUGGAAGAGUCGAGACGAGGUCAAGACAGACCGGCUCUGCAUUUGGUCAGUCUGGACUUGAGCUUUAUACCCCAGACGAGUCGGUAUCUGCCCCUCAUGGCCAGGAAAGCGACACAGUUAGGCAACCUGCUGCGUUACAUCUCGCAGGUGCAGAUGCAGCUGGCUGCUGAGGUCAAAGCGGCGUUCGACCUGCCGGCCAGAUUUCUGCGCAACAUCGACGAGUCACUAGCCGAAAAGGACGAUCAGGCCGAUUUCGUCUACGCAGCGCAUCAUCUUGCUGUGACUGGAGAUUGCGACGCCAGAUUCAAGGAGUGGUUGGUCGACGAGGUUGGUGAGAGAGGCUUGAAGAGGUGGGAGAAGGCCGUCGGAGAUUGUCUUGACAUUGUGCGGAGGAUGACGAGUGAGUGUCUAAUGCCUGCACUGGAAAGAUGUUUGGUUGUGCUGUCGAGGCUGGACGGGCUCGCUAGGUUCGGCCCUGCGAGCUCGAGAUUGGGACUAGACGCAAAUGUCGUGCGAAAGGUCAUGGAGACGGUCGACGUACUUGGACUCGUGGCUGAGGAUCUGCUCCUGGACGUCGGAGUUGAGAUCAAGGAAUUUGCAGCUUUCAUCAAGUGGCUGAAGUGGGAGUGUGAGGUCGAGGCACUUGAGGAAGGCAGUGAGAGGGCGGAAGAACUUCGGGAGUCGUGGACGGGAGAAGGGGAACUCAAGACCGUGUUGGACUAUGUGGGUGGCGCUAUCAAGGAGAGCCGAGUGAAGAGAUAUACUGGGAGGGAUGGAGAAGAACAGCCCAAUACCAGCUUGCCUGAAAACGAUACAGAUGCUGGGUUCUAUGCCGACUUCACGAGAAGAAGAAAGGCGCCCAGCAAGGACAAGAAGUCGCCCACACUUGGACAGUUGGUGGAGCGGCUGCAGAAACAGUGUGAAGCAGUCUUUGGCCAAAUUGCGGAGACGUUCAGAAAGAGCGUUCUCGCCAGCUAUGUGCUUGAACUACCAGAACGAUGUGAUGGAGAGAGAAUGGAUCUCAGGAUGAUUCCUGAUGAGACUGACGCGAAUCUCUAUCGGCUCUUCAUUUUAUCUACGGACCGGCAGGAGGAAGGCAGUCUUCGACAGACCGUGGUUACGUUGCGGCAAGACGGUGGCAAAGGUCUGAAGUCUACGACGAGCUCGAAUGUCAUGCCAGCGGUACCUGGAGUGACCGAUAUUUUCGAUGUAAAGUUCGUCGACGACAAAGUGUUUCUGGUCCUGGCUGCCACAUCGGCGGAUGUGGGAAUAUAUGCCAGAGUUAUCAUGCCCAACCCUCAAGAGGAUGAAGAACAGGGCUGGGAAACUCGCCACAUAUUCGCGGACGGGAAGAUGGAAGCUGGAAUGAAGCCUGUCAGACUCGAGGUGAAUGGAAGAGUCGGGCGCAGGGUUGCUGCAGUGGUUGAUGAGGCUGGCAUAGGAUAUGUUGUGCUGGAUCUGGACACCGGCGAUGAUGCUCUUGAUCAGGGCACCGGCGCAGGCGAUGAGAUUAUGACUGGAUGAAGCGUCAAGGCCUGGGCAGGUUGCGGUUGCGGUUGUAGUGACAUUGGUAUUCUAACCGGAGCAGCACUAACGAAACCCUGGGAAUAAGAUGGAAAAAGCCGAACUACGCGGGACAGAAGCAGUCGACGCUGGGACUC